AUGGAUAGUGACGAUGAUAAUGACGAUUCUCGAGAAUCUCAACAAAGUUCAGAAGAGGAAGGGGGCGAUCAUAGUCCUGCUGUUUCAGAUGGUUCAACGAAUCUUGAUGCGGAAAAUACGGAACUUCCAUCAAAUUUUUCUACAACAGCUACAACCACCACAGCAAUAGUUUUACCACAAAACCGAACACUUCAACCAUUUGCUGAUGAAUGUAAAAGCUAUGACAUUGUUCCAUAUGUAGCAGCAAUUCAUUCCUGUCACAUACAUUCACUUGACGCGACCAGAAAUAUGCGAUGGGUAUUUACCGGUGGAGAAGAUGGCUUUAUAAGAAAGUAUGACUUUUUUGCUUCAAUUAGUGGUAAAACAUUAUUAACACAAAAUCAAAAGCACGCACAAGUUGAAUCAGCAGGUGUGAUAUCAUCCUAUUGGGAAAAUGAAGAAAUACCGGUAAAUCCUAAACCAGUAGUUAAUGGAACAGGAGAUGAAAAUACUAUUCAACCAGACCCACCAGAAUAUAAACUUUCACCUGUUUAUAGUUUAGCUGUUCAAUCCGAGGCAGUAUGGAUUUUGAGUGGUUUAGAGAGUGGAGCAAUAAAUUUAUUUUCGGUUAGACAUGAAGAAGGAAGAUGUCAUCACGUAAUGCGUAAACAUAAAUCACCUGUAUCAAUUCUUAAAAUUACUCACGAUGAAAAAGGUUUCGUGAGUGGUUCAUGGGACAAAACAGUAUUGCUUUGGGAUUUAAAUACUGGACAAGUUGUACGUGAAUUUGGGGGUCAUCUUUCUCAAAUUAGUUCAUUGGCAUUUCGUCCAAUUGAAAAGGUACCGCCUUGGUGUUUGUCGGCAUGUUGGAGUGCUGAUGGUAAUAAAAUAUAUUGUGGUCGACGUAAUGGGACAGGAAAAUUCAUUCGUUCACUUAAAAUGCCAAGUGGAUCAGGUCCAGUUUCUUAUGUAUCUAGUAUGCCUAAUGGAAAACAUAUUAUAUGGUAA